UGGAACACGUACACCCACAAAACCCUUCAUCAAAAAACACACUCAGUCAGAGAGAGAGAGAGAAGCAGAGAAAGCGAAACAGCGAGAGCGAGAGCAGUUCAGUGCUUCAAUGGCGUCAGGAGGAGGAGGAGGGAGUGUAGAGUGGCACUUGAGACCACCAAACCCUAAAAACCCAAUCGUCUUCUUCGAUGUUACAAUCGGUACCAUCCCUGCUGGUCGUAUCAAAAUGGAGCUCUUCGCUGAUAUUGCCCCUAAAACCGCCGAAAAUUUCAGGCAGUUUUGCACAGGCGAGUACAGAAAAGCUGGAUUACCUGUUGGUUACAAAGUAUGUCAAUUUCAUAGAGUGAUUAAGGAUUUUAUGAUUCAAGCUGGUGAUUUUCUCAAGGGUGAUGGUAGUGGUUGUGUUUCUAUUUAUGGGCUUAAGUUUGAGGAUGAAAAUUUUGUUGCCAAACAUACCGGCCCUGGUCUACUUUCAAUGGCAAAUAGUGGGCCAAAUACCAAUGGUUGUCAGUCGAAAACUUCAAUAUUCUACCGGCAUCUGAGAUUCCUGUGUGUCUUCCACCUCACUAUGAUUUCGUUAUAUAGAGGGUGCUUGGAGAUGGUCUUUUGGUUAUUCGAAAGAUAGAGAAUGUGGCAACAGGACCCAACAACCGACCAAAACUGCCAUGUGUUAUUGCAGAAUGCGGAGAAAUGUAGAGGUUGAGUUCAAGAGGAACAUUUCUUUAGGACAAUAUCAUCAUCUUAAUUGACUACUGACCUUUGACCUCCCUAAUGGAUGGGUUUUUGUAUUCCUUCUCAAAAUGGUGGCGGGGAGGGAAGAACUGACUCUCUGAAUGCAUUAACUACAAGUAAAAAAAAAAGAGUAGUUAUCAUGUUUUCUGCUUCAGUUUCUGAAGUGAGUGCUAGAAUGGAUAAUUUUUGGGUUGGAUAGGAUAGAUGUGAGAUGCUUUAGAUUUUUGUAUUUUAGGGUAUGGUUUUGAUUGUAAUUUCUGAAAAAAACUUGUGAUUGGAUAAAUCUCGAGCACAGAUCAUUUUUAUUUGGAAAA